CAAAGAAGCACUUUCCUUUAUCCUCUAUCAUUUCCCUGAUCAUGGUCAACGCAUCUUUCGUUAAUGUCGGCCGCUGGUCAGCGCUCGGUCUGGGUGUCCUCUAUGGUGUCGUCCACAACCGUUCGCUUCAUAAGCUUGAAGCCGAGAACAAGGUUAAGCACGAAUACGAGCGCAAGGAGCGACUUAUCGAGCAAGCCAGAGAACAGUACGCGAAGCUCAACGCUGUUGCCGUCGACAGCUCAGCUGUUGUCACCGAUGUCGACAGCCCCAACUUCGACUUAGAGAAGUUCAUUGCCCACUUGGAACAAGACAAGCAAUAAACGCAUUAACUUCGCUGAUAUUGGCGCAGGAACUACCUUGUCGUUAGACGGCACCGUUGAAGACGGUGUUUGCACCUCCUUUUUUUUUUCUUUCUUCAAAACCACCUAUAUCAUUUCCAUCGUUUAAAAAGUGCGAUCCUGUCGCCAGGAGUGUCACCAUUUUUGCUGGUAUUGCCAAAUUUUUUCCUAAAUUUGUCUUGUCAUCGUUUCCUUAUAGACAGCUCUCCCGCAAUGAAAAUUGUAGAUUACCUUACUAGCUCUGAUAUGCGUAUCGCUACAUGUUUGCAUUUGAUGUGAUGGGAGUGACAUAGGUGAAUGUAUUCCAGAUAUUUUAUUCAACGACUUAUACACAAACAAAAUGUCAUAUGAAUACAAACAUUAUUGUAAUACUAUAGAAAAGGGACAAUGCAC